AUGGCUGACAGAAGAGGAGUCGAAAUCCCAGCGUCGAGAUGUCACCUGGUGCAGGUGAGCACUGGGACAGCCACGGCUGCCGGGUGUGGAGGUGGCUCAGCCAGUUCCCAGGAGCUCAACAACAGCCGCCCCGCCAGGCAGGUCCGCCGGCUGGAGUUCAAUCAGGCCAUGGAGGACUUCAAGACCAUGUUCCCCAGCAUGGACUACGACAUCAUUGAGUGCGUCUUGAGGGCCAACAACGGCGCCGUGGACGCCACCAUCGACCAGCUCCUGCAGAUGAACCUGGACAGCAGCGGCUGCGACGACAGCUCGGACUCGGAGGACAGUAUCCCCCCUGAGAUCUUGGAGCGGACCCUGGAGCCAGACAGCUCAGAUGAGGAGCCCCCUCCUGUCUAUUCCCCUCCUGCCUACGAGAGCCAGGUGUUGGGCAGCCGCCCGCCCCGUGCACCCACCCCUCCACCCCGGACGGACAUGCCGGGGCCCGGCAGUACCCCGGCGUCAGGGCGCUACAGGAACUGGAACCCACCACUUCUGGGCAACCUCCCCGAGGAUUUCCUCCGCAUCCUGCCCCAGCAGACGGCCAGCACACAGGGCUCCCACAGCUGCCAGCAGCCCGUGCCACGGGGGCUCCCCCCACGGAGCCAGGGCUCCCUGGAGCAGGAGCGGCGGUGGAAGCAGUACCUGGAGGAUGAGCGGAUCGCGCUCUUCCUGCAGAACGAAGAGUUCAUGAAGGAGCUCCAGAGGAACCGGGAUUUCCUCCUUGCCCUGGAGAGAGAUCGGUUGAAAUAUGAAUCAAAAAAAUCCAAGUCAACCAGUGUUGCUGUCAGCAAUGACUUUGGUUUCUCCUCUGUAAUAUCAGGUGACAUAGCCCCUCCUGCAACCAGCGAGGCCGGCGGUGCCGUGUCUGACGAUGCCUUAUUCAGAGACAAACUGAAACACAUGGGAAAAUCCACCCGCAAGAAACUGUUUGAACUCGCCAGAGCCUUCUCCGAGAAGACAAAGAUGAGGAAAUCGAAAAGAAAACACUUGUUGAAGCACCAGGUGAUGGGGACAGCAGCUUCCACAGCAAAUCUUCUCGACGAUGUUGAAGGACAUUCGUGCGGUAAGAAACACCAAGCUGUGCCAUGCUAUGAAGAUUUCCAAGCACGGAGGCAUCAGCUCCAGGAGGAGGAGGAGACAUCGAAGGAAGGGCAGUAA